AUGGAUUCUUCACCUAUCGAUAAUUCCCAAAAUUCUCAAUCGAAUAACGAUCCCAAUCUGUUGGCCGAAAGUGGUGUAGAACAAUCUACUAAGAAUAAUUGUUCUGAUAAUCAUGAAUCAACGGCCGGUUUCAAUAUAUUAUUUGACCCAAAUAUUUUUGGAACUUGGAUUAGUGGGACUGGAAGUAAUGAUCAUUUGAAUUCAAAUAGACCUAAAACUGUAGUAGAUCAUAAUAGUGUAAAGAAAGGUUUUGAUUCAAUAAGAUUAUCAAAAAAUUCGGACUUUUCAAUAAUUUUAGAACAAGAUGAAGAAUUGGACAAAUCUUUUGAGAAUGUAUUGGAUGAGAUGAAUAUUCAUGGGUUACCGCGUAGUAAAAUGUUGCAAAUGUCAGAAGAUCAUAAGAGGAUAUUGGUAUUUCAAUUUAAACACAAUAAAGCUCUUGAAAAUUCAGAACAAAAGGACAAUAUGGAUAAAUCAAUACGGAAACAAAAAGAAACAGAACCUAUGAAACAAGUUCUAAAAAAUCACAAUGAUAAUAAUGAUGAAUCAAGAUCACCGCGAAAGAUUAUGCGCGAUUCAUUUACAAGUACAAUUGGGAGUGAUGUGGAUUCGAAUAAAAGUCCAUCAUUAAAACCUUUAAUGACAUCUUUGCUUAAUCCAGAUCAGGUUUCUUUAGAGCAAUCUUUAACCGAUGUGCAAGAAGAGAUACCUCAAUCCUCAUCAAUAAGUUCAGGGGGAUUUUUUAGUUCAUGGUUUGGAUUAUCAUCAUCUACUAAGGUUCAAAGAACUCCGAAUUAUUAUGUAGAAAAAAUAUCGCAAAAGAAUGUUUCACCAAAAUCGUUAGCAGAAAGAUUACAAUCAUUGCGUGUAACGUUAACAACGGCAAAAUUAUCGUGGAUAAAGAAUUUUAUUGAUGACAAUGGAUUGGCAUCAUUGGAGUAUGUUCUUGAAAGAUAUACGGCAGGAACAAGGAGAAUUAUUCUAAGAAAUUCCGAUCAUGAUGGUAGAAUUCAUUCAGAAUGUGUUCGUUGUUUAAGGGUUCUACUCAACACAGAGAUCGGAUUUAAUCAAGUAUUAAAAUCUAAAUCAUUAAUAAAUAGUAUAGUGUUUUGUCUUCAUACACCAGAUAAUAAACUGAGAUCACAAGUAGCGGACGUUUUAGCUGCUAUAUGUGUAAUAUCUCUAAAAGGUCAUGGAUUAGUAUUAUCAGCAUUUUCAGAUUUUAGACAAAUUUAUGAAGAGAAUUUUAGAUUUCAAUAUUUAAUUGAAACUUUAAGAGGAAAAAAAGAUGAUGAUAGCAGCACUUUAAUGGAAUAUAAAACUGCAAGUUUAAGAUUAAUUAAUGCCAUCGUGAAUUCACCUGAGGAAGUUGAAGAAAGAAUGUUAUUGAGGGAUGAAUUUCAUAGGAGAGGAUUGUCGGAAUUAUUUGCUAUUUUCAAAACUUCUAAUCCACCUGAAUCACUAUUAACGCAAAUCCAUUUGUACGAAGAGGAGAAUCAAGAUGAUUUAGAAGAAUUAUAUGAAAAAAUCCAUGAUCUUGUAAGAGACGCAAAUGAUCCAUUCUCUAUAAUUAUAGGACUUAUAAAACAAGUUGAAUAUGAUUAUGAUUUGUACUCAAGAGUUAUUGAAACUCUAAAAAAUUUCUUAAGAAUUGCUUGUAAGGACCUAGAAGAUGAUGACCAGAAUGAUAUUUUGGAUAUUAUUGAAUUAUUUAUUGAAAGAAUAAGGUCAAUCACAAAUAUUAAAGAAGAAUGGCCGAUUUUUAUGAAUGAAUUUCAUUAUUCAAUUGGUGAUAUAAUAGGACAAUAUUCUGUAAUUAGUGGGAAUGUUGAAACUUUAACAAAAGAAAAUGAUAUUAUAUUAGAACAAGCAGCAUUAAAUAAAACUUUAGAUAUAUCUGACGAGAAAAAUAGGUCUAAAGCAAAUUUGGAUUCAAUAAAUGAUGAUGAUAGCUCAGUAUUACCUAGUAUAUUAAUAUCUCCAACAUCAGCUAUUCCUUUGCUUCCGUCGCCAUCUCAACCAAUUUCAAAUAAUGUGAACAAUUCAAUUCCACCGUCAUCAUCAUCACCACAAUUUCCUCCAAGUAAUGUGAAUGAUUCAAUUUCACCGCCAUCGCCACCAUCAUCACUUCCUCCAAGCAAUGUGAACAAUUCAAUCAAUUCAAUUCCAUCAUCGCCGCCACCAUUUCCUCCAAGUAAUGUGGAGAAUUCAAUCAGUUCACUUCUACCACCGCCGCCGCCACCUCCAUUUCCUUCAAUGCCACCACCUCCACCACCCCCACCUGGUAUGGGAGUGCCACCACCUCCACCACCUCCACCUGGUAUAGGAGUGCCACCACCACCACCACCUCCUACAACAUCAACAUCGAAACCAAUUCCUGUACCAAUAAUAACAACCCCCAAAAUAGUUAGACCAAAAUGUCCAUUAAAACCAUUAUUUUGGAGUAAAAUACCACCACAUAAAUUAAAGUCAACAGUAUGGGAAGAAAUACCUCUUAUAGUUACGAGAGAAAUUUCUAUAAAUCACACAGAAAUUGAAACUUUAUUUCCAAAAAAUGCUAUAAAUAACGCAUUAAAAUCACCAAUGUCACCAACUAGCAUGAAAAAAAAUACAGUAGUAACAUUAUUGGAUUUUAAUCGGGCUAAUAACAUCGGUAUUAUGUUAGCUAGAAUAAAAUAUACUUAUAUUGAAAUUAAAGAUGCUAUAUUGGAAAUUGAUGAUGAGAAGUUAUCUGUUGAAAUUUUAAGAAGUCUUAAAAAUUAUGUACCUAGUAGUGAAGAGAAAGAAUUAAUUAAAGACUAUGAUAGUGAUAUUAAUAAUUUGGGAAAUGCCGAAAAAUAUUUUAGAGAGGUUAUGGAAAUUCCUCGAUUAGCUGAAAGAUUGGGAUGUAUGAUUUACAGAAGAAGAGGAAAUGCAACAGGAUAUAAAUUAGAUGUUCUCUUAAAGAUCCGCGAUACUAAAGCUCUUGAGAACAAUUCAAAAGGAAUAACAACAUUAUUGCAUUAUUUAGCAGCAACAUUAGAAGAAACACAAAACGAUCUUGUAACCUUUAUGGAUGAUUUACCGCAUUUGGAAGCUGCUGCAAGAAUUUCUGUUGUAACUGUCAUAGCUUCAGUGAAUGAACUAAGUAAUGGUAUUAAUUUAAUUAAAGAAGAAAUUAACUUUAUGAAAAAUCUUCAAACUAAACAAAAUGAUUAUUUUAUUAAAAAUAUGGAGGAAUUUGUUGAAAAAGCCGAACCCACAAUUAUAAAUAUACAAGAUACUACUCAAAAAUUGGAAGAAAAUUUAAAAGAAUUAUUAAUAUGUUAUUGUGAAGAUCCAAUCACUACGAAACCUGAAGAAUUUUUUGGCAUGAUUGUAUCAUUCGGUUCUUCUUUAAUUAAAGCUAAGCAAGAUAAUGAAGAAACCAAAAAGAAAGCUGAGAAAGAAAAGCAAACGCGUUUGACUAUACGUCGUCCUUCUGAAGCACCAUUAAGUUUAGCUUCACUUGCAGCAAAAGGAGAUUUAGAUGAAACGAUAAGAGAAUUAAGAAAUGGACUCAAACGAAGUCGUUCACGUCCUGUAUCAAUAGUUCUUUCGGAAUUAAAUAUCAAUUCUUCAAGACCAGCUUCUAGAAUAUUUAAUAAUUCUUCAAGACCUCCUUCAAGAAUAUUUAGUAAUUCUUCAAGACCCUCUUCUAGAAUAUUCAGUAAUUCAAGACCUUCUUCUAGAAUAUUUAAUAAUACUCGUCCUACUUCAGGAAUUUUUGUCAAAUAA